AUGGAGCACUACGUGCCCUCUGAAUUGGACGCCUCAACGCUGGACGCGCCGAACCCGUUCCCCGAGCCCUACCAGACGGCCCGCGUCAUGGAGCUGAAGCCGAACACGAGAAUUGGGAAUUUUGUCGACUACUCGCUGAAGCAGCUCGAGCAGGAGCCAUUGCUUCUCUUCAAGGGAGCCGGCGACUCGGCCGAGAAAGCGGUGGCCUGUGUGGAGGUGCUGAAGCGGCGCACCCAACGACGGCUCUACCAAUGGAAUGCCCUCGGAUACGGCACGAAGACCACCUACUGGGACCCGACGAUCGACGGGCUCGACCGAUUACGCGUCAGAAUCGAUGAGAGAGUGAUGUUCAUCCUCGUCUCCACCCAACCCUUCCCGCCCGAGCACCAAUGUCUCAGCAUGCAGUCUUCCGAUGAGCCCACGUCGGCUUUUGCCACCGUGUCAGAAGAUAUUCCCGCCAAGCCGAAGCUCACCCGGAAGAAGGGGCGCUCGCAGUGGGAGUCGAACAAGCGCGCCCAGCCGAAGAACGUGCAGCAUUUCCCGUACGAGGACGAGCCGCCCUCCCCGGUGCCGGAGAAGCGGGUGAGCCCGGCGAGUCGACGCCUGCAGGUGGUGCUCGUCAUCGAUUUAAAGGUCCAAAAACAUGUCCGCCAACGUGAACUCGCCGCCAACGACGUGCAAAAGGUCACCGACCAGCUGAACGUCCAUCUGACGCGAAUCGAGUUCGACCGGCUGGACUUUGGCGAGACGAACACGCUCGACACGUUCUACAAUGCGGAUGUGGCGCUCGUUGACGUGUCGGUUCCCCAGCAGCAACCAUCGCUAUGUUAUCAUAUAGGCGUUCGCCAGAGCAUGGGCCAGCGGUACAACAUCAUGCUCACCCUGCUCAGCGAGGAGUCCGACGGGAAAAUCGAGACGCUGAAGCGAACACUUGAGCACCGCAUCCUCGUCUAUUUCACGACAGCCGACUGUGCGCAUCUGAUGUCGACGAUGCCGGCGGAGCCAAAAGAUCGGCAGAACGCAGCUGCGCAACCCGGAAAUUUCGGCGACUCGACGGUGUUCGCCUCGAAGGCGGAGUGUAUGAAGAAUGGGAAGUUGUGUCCGUUCCGGCAGCGGCUCAAGCUGGCGCUCAAGAAUGUGCAAGUUGAGGCAAACGCUCACUCUCGCGAGAAGUUCCUCUCCGAUCUGCGCAAAGUCCGUGAGAUCACCGACGUCGACGAGGCCAACGACUUUUUGGACAAGAUGCGAAGCCGACUCGACAAUCCGGAUGUCCUAAGUGUCGAUACGGUACAUCAGCUGCUACUUGGCUACAGGGACAAACAAAAUUACGAGGGCAUGAUCUCGCUGAUCGACGAGCUGAAGAAGGUGCCCGAUUGUGCCGUCAACACGGCGCAAGUCAUCCGAUUCUACUAUGCGUUUGCCUUGAAUCGCCGCAACAAAAACAAAGACCGAGACAAGGCCCUCGAAACAGUGCUCCUCAUCGUCCAAGAGGCGGAGAAAGGGAAGGACGGCAAGGACGGGAAGCAAGAGCUGAGCCCGGACAUCAUCUGCCUGGCCGGCCGCAUCUACAAGGACAAAUUCAUCGCCAGUGGCUAUGAGGACAAGUCGAGUCUCGAUUCGGCCAUUGAAUGGUACCGCAAGGCGUUCGAGCUGUCCGCCCUCGAGUAUUCCGGCAUCAACCUGGCGACGCUGCUGCGGGCCCGCGGCGAAACAUUCGAGAACAACCAGGAGAUGUCCCGCAUCGGGCUCGUGCUCAACUCGCUGCUCGGCCGAAAGGGCGCUUUACAAUCUCUACAGGACUACUGGGACGUGGCGACGUUUUUUGAGGUGUCAGUUCUGGCAGAGGACUACUCAAAAGCUUGCCAGGCCGCCCUGAAAAUGUCCCAGUUGAAGCCACCAGUUUGGUAUCUACGCUCGACAAUGGAAAAUAUUAAGCUGAUCAACCGAUGCGCCGCCCAUAUGAGUCCGAUUGAGAAGGACAAACAACAAUUCCUCUUCUGGACCGAAUUCUUCAUGGAGGCCACCGACAGCGAGACGGCCGAAGUCCACUGCGCUCGUUUCCCGGUCCUCAUCCAGGAGCUCAAGCAAUUCUCGCCCUCGUUCCUGACGAUGAACCUCGGCGAGGGGUCGAUCAUCCUCUCGCACGUCCUCGAAAACUCGCAGCACAAGAAGCCGCCGCCUGGCAUCCACCGCUGGCACUUCACCGCCCCGAACAUCAAGGCCGUGUCGAAGAGCAAGCGGGAUGACCGUAGCAUGUUUCUCUACGUACACGAGAAUUCCGACGAUUUCAACCUCGUCUUCCCCUCGGCGCCGCAUUGCACCAAGGUUAUCGCUGCCCUCGAAGAAAUGAUGCAGGGAGCGGACAAUAUGGGAAAAGUUCUCAACGACAUUGACUAUGACAAGAUGCAGUUCGAAUACGAGACGGACAAGCAGGGGAAUCGCGUGAAUCUCGGCAGCGGAACAUACGGUACCGUAUACGCGGCCCGCGACCUCACCACGCAACGCCAGAUUGUCGUCAAGGAGAUCGAAGUGAAAUUCGACGAGGAGGUGCAACCGUUGAUGGAAGAGAUCCAGCUCCACUCGACGUUGUGUCACAACAAUAUUGUACAGUAUCUGGGUUGUGAUCUGGUGAAACGCGACUUUGGCAACGACGUCUUCCUGAUCUUCAUGGAGCACGUCCCGGGAGGCUCACUCUCAAAUUUGUUGCGCCAAAAAUGGGGAGCACUCAAUGAGCCGCCGAUGGUCCUUUAUGGAAAGCAGAUCCUCGGAGGACUCAAAUACCUCCACGAGCAAAAAAUUGUCCAUCGCGACAUUAAAGGAGAUAACGUGCUCGUGAACACGUACAGCGGAGUCUGCAAGAUUUCUGAUUUCGGAACGUGCAAACGACUCGCUGGCCUCAACCCGAAUACAGCGUCUUUUACGGGCACCCUGGUCUACAUGGCGCCCGAGGUGAUCGAUCACGGACAGCGCGGAUACGGUGCCCCGGCCGAUAUCUGGAGCUUCGGCUGCACCAUGGUCGAGAUGGCGACUGGGAAGCCUCCUUUCUUAGAGCUCCUAUCACCUGAAGCUGCCUUGUUCCGUGUUGGGAUGUUCAAAUGCCACCCACCGAUCCCCGAGGAGAAACUGACAGAGAAAUGCGUCCAGUUUAUCAAGAGUUGUUUCGACCCCGACCCAACCGCCCGCCCCACAGCCGCCAAGCUCAUCGAGGACAUUAACGGGAUUGUGUCCUCAAGAAAUCGCAGCGGAUCCAUCACGAAGAAGCCGACGAUCGAGCCGUCGAAUCGGCAUAAAGGAGAAUUCGCCCGCUCCACCUCGCAUAUUGGCGGGAUGGGAAUCGAGAAAAAGGGCGAAGAUGGUCCCGCCACGGAUGGGACUACCGUAGCCGAAGGAGGUCCUCUAAAAGGACGCACCACUUCGGUCUCGAAGGAAGAGAAGCGUCUCCACCUCCGAAUCGACCACGCCAGAAAUCGCACUUUCUCCGCUUCGCCGGCCGAUCCGCAGGCGGCGAUGACCAUCUCGCCGAACCCGAUGUUCCCCUUCAGCCAGCCGAACAGCCCGAUUUCUGAUGAAACACAGCAGCCGCAACUCGUCACCAGCCCCGGAUCGGUACUUUCGACUCCGAUGAGUGUCGGCCAUCCACCGCUGCUGAAUCGUACUGUAUCCGAUGAGAGCGGAAAUCAGCGGUUCUUCAUGCUGCGGAAAGACUCGGAACGUCGACACACGCUCGCCAAUUUUAUGACGGAAUAUAAGGAGGAGAUUGUCCACAUCUGGUUUAACCAAUUGAUGCAGAACGCAAAGUCCACCAUUUAUGUCACGAGAAAUAUGCUUCGUACCCUGCUGGACGGGAUGCGCAAUUAUUUGCUGUCGAAGGACGUGCAGCCGAUUAAGGAUUGCCUUAAUGACCUCCGAACGCUCCUCGACUACGAGCCGACGGCAAUUUCUCAGAUAAACCUGGCGCUGUAUGACUUUUCCGACGCGAUGCAACCAGUCCUCCGGAAGUUGAUCAUCAAGCCGCAUUGGAUGUUCGCCCUGGACAACUUGAUCCGAUCGGCUGUGCAAACUGCCGUCCAAAUCCUCAGCCCUGAUUUGUCGGCGGUACUCCAGGUCCACGAUAUCAAUUCGCCGUCAACGAGCGGAGUCCAGCGUCCAUCCGUCAGCCGGGAAAGUGCUGUUAGUGAAGCAGAAACCGGAGACAGUCGUCCCCCAUCCGCCCCGCCCGCCUUCGACUCGUCGGUCGUACGAGAGCGUCGAGAUAACCUGAAGAAUGUUCAUGAAGAGAAUCGACAGCUUUUCGAUCAGCUCCUGGAGGUGGAGCGCGAGCUGAACACGCUGCUCCGACACGCCGAUGAGCUUGUCACCUGGCUGCGAAGUCUCGAUGUAGAUGACCAUUCUAUCGCCUGCAUCAUCAGAGAGGGCUACACAAAGCCGGACAUCUUGGAGUACGUCGGCAGGGAGGAGCUGAGGCAGUGUGGCGUUGCAGGCGGCGCCUCGUGUCGAAUCCUGCGAGCCUGCCAGGAGGCGCGGUCGCGUCGCGGGCACGUCUUACUAUCACCGCCCUUGAGGUCCCGCGACGAUUCCCUCGACGACUACCAUUCUUCUAUGGCAGAUGACGUUACCACGGAUGUUCAGUACCACCAU